AUGGGAGAGGAGAACAGUAGUGGUGCACCUGGGACCUCGCAUGUGGAAGAAUCUCUAUUUUCUACGGCAACAGAAAACAGUUCACAGAAGAAGAAGAAGAAAACGUCUAGUAAGAAACGAGCCUUAUCGCCACUAUUGGAUCUGCUCGAUGUGGUAAAUACCACAACAGCAAAGACGAACUUCGGCAUCAAUGGAGGAACAGCAUAUUUAUCAUAUAACGAGAGUACGUGGAGCCCAUUAUUUUUAUAUCGGUUACCUGCGGACAUUGCAUUGUCUACCAUUCGUGAUCACGGGACGGAAGGAAUAGGACGUGUUGAGAUUGGAUGGAAAAUGGGCCUGGAUACUUCCGCUAAAGCUGGAAAUCGACGUGUUUCAUCGUAUAUCCUCACUGCUUGUAAUGAGCAUCCCCAGCACAUCGGACAGUUCCAAAAAAUGGAGGGCAAAAUUAGGUGUAUCAAGUAUUUUUGGAAAGCGGAUAAAGAGCCAGAACAGUUCAAGAAGUUGUUCGAUGACUUCGAGAAAUUUGCAGGAAGACCUUGUCCUUUCAAACUCGGACAAGUGAUAAAAUUUCCGAAUUGUAAUCUUAGUACAUUGCGAAUAUCGGACGUUACACUUCGGCGCUUAAAUGACAUAUUGGAAUUGGUUGCCAACAAGCGGGUCAUUGUCACGAUUCAUAAGAUAACAAGAUUCAUAAGCAAGAGGGAGCAAUCCUACGGAUAUGAUUUCACGAUUGAUAAGAAGUCGUUGUUGAAAUGCCUGAAAGCGUUGGAAAGUGCACGUCUGCUUACCGUCUUCGAAACCAAUGUUGCGGCAGAAAGUGUUGAGACCAAGGUCCAAAUUGUGUGCCAUCCCGAAAUAUUUUCUGCUGACCAUCCAGAAGUUUUGCAUGCAGUACAAGCAACCAUUGACGAAUACCAUCAAGAAGGCCGCGUGUUUCCUCAUGGGCAGCUGCGGCAUGUUUUUGUCCUGGGGAAACCGGCACUUCUAGAUCCAAUUGAGAAUAUUGAGAAAGAAUGCACCAGUGGUAUAGACUUGUCACGACGAUAUAAUUUACUUCGAUUUCAGAUAUCUCGUUCGGCUGUGACCCCACUAAAAAAACCUGAGAAUUCUGAAACUUCUGACAAAGACGAUCUUACCUGGACGAAAAAGAACUGUGAUGGAGAUGUUACAGCGCCUUCUAACGAAGAUAAUAAAUCUGACGAACCAGGAAUAUCGUCCCCAAUAUCCGAUUUCAAUGAGGCUGUUCUUUCAACGUCACCUGUUGAUUCUAAUUCUAAGACUGGAGCAGAUACUGAACCAGUCACUGAGUUUGGGUACCAGUCAAAGGCAAUUCGAUGUUUUGUGGUACAUGAAAUCGCCUUUCAGUUGGUAUUUGGGCAUCCAGAAGGUACCAAACCCAACUGUUACGACCUUUUUCCACCGGGUGAAAGUUUCUCUUCAUGGGCAAUUCGUGAUGUUGACAAGUUGACUGUUUUUGUGGACGAAGAGUCACCGCUGCGUUUUCUUCCUCAUCUUCCUCCAUUCACUGAUGUGCAAAGGGGUUGGUUUAUGGUGCAGGAUUUCUUAGCUGCUCUGCCUCUUUCGGCUUUUGUUCUAGUUGCUCAUGUCAGCAAAAAAAUUGAUAAGAAUAUGCUACAGUCGUAUCUUAGUGAUCCAAUCAAGCGACACAUUUGCAUAGGGUCCCUGCCUAACGAGAUUAGAAUGCCCAUUCUGAAGGACAAGAAGGUGGUUCGCCAACUAGAACAUAUCAUGUUAACAAAUUGUGCGUUAGGCUUGAUGGCGAUAGCUCCUAAUCCAGAUGUUAAACGUUUUUCAUCUCCUCGUGCUUCAGUGUUCUACGUAAGCAGGAAGGCUGUAUUAUACGACACAAGUACGAGCGGAAAAGGUUAUGCUUCUGUGACACUUCCUCUCUCUAGUUAUGACAAAUACAACUAUGAGUUUAAUGCUGUUGAUGAUCUAGUGCUUUAUUGGCACCACUUACGUGCAAUUGUGCAAUCAACACCUCUUUCCUUUCGUAAUGAUGCGAAUGCUGAGGAAAUUAAUUUAGCCCGCCAUAAGAAGUAUACCAUGGGGCAGUUUGAUAAGUCUCUCGUAACAAGAGAUCCGAGUGAUAAAGUAGAUCAAAUUACUCCGCUCGGGCCACGUGAAGGUUGCGCUGGAUUUGAUUCAGCACUUUACAUGCAAGUUUGCAAACGACACUGGGAUAUUGAUCCUCGUCAAAACUCAUGUGUUGGUUGGUAUAUCGCUCGAUUUCGAAAGCAAGCCGACAAAAUUCGAUGGGAGGACUCCACAGAUGCUACUGUGUUCAGCACUACGAGGACAACCUUAGCAAUUGAUCCCGAAACCAAGAAGAAGCCACCAUUUAAAAAACCGCAUGUUAAAAAGAAGCGCCCACUGGACAGUGUUGACAUCAUUAGUGAACAGAACAGACUCCAUCUUCGUAGUCGAUUCACUUCACGAGAGAGAGAUAUGCUGAUCAUGAUUCGUGCUGUUGGUUUCUUCCUAAAUCCGGUAUAUCGGUUUUGGCUUGAUCCUUCCGUCGUUAGGGAUAUAAUGCAUGAAUAUAUGCCCGAAUCCCGCUGUAAAACUGUUCAGUGUCUGAUGGCUGCAGCCGUACGAGAAAUGGUUCGUCCAGCUCGGUUGGCCUAUUUGCAAAGAAUUGUUCGCAGUCUUUCAACUUUCCAGGAGAUGCGCGAUCUGCGCUUCUUAUUAGCAUCAUCUCCACUUUCAACAGCCGAGUCCAAGGCAUCAUUUUUCAAGAAUGCUUUCGAUGUUGCCAAUCGUCUGCUGUUUAUGGAGAGUCAGGUUCUUCCAGUAGCUGCGACUUCGGACAAACAGUUUGAAAGUUUUUUGAACUCUACUAGAUUAGCCAUAUCAACAGAGCAAUCUGUUGCUGCCCCAAUACCUUUGCGUUCUCGAGUGCCUACUACGUUGGCGCAUAUCCACCACUGUGUUGCUGUAAAUCUACUUUUGUCUAUCCUUAUUCAUUAUACCGAUGGAGCAUUUUCUGAGUCAAUACUCGACCAGAUAUCGGCUUCUGUGCUCUGCAAUGCUUUACAGGUGCUCCGAUCGGACGGACUGGUGUCUAGAUCUCGCGUUCUUGAUCAACAGCUAAUGGUAAUUACCAAAAAUCAAGCCAUACUAUCAUAUUACUUUCGACAUUUCUUCACCCAUCGUUUCCAUCCAGACAUAGUGGAGCAGGCAGUGGUAACGUUUGAUACUCUUGACGACUCUGUUGAAGGGAUGGAAGAAUUGCAAGGCGAUCUUUGCGGUGUCUUGGUUGCUGCUGCCUCUGCUUUCUACAACAAUACUGGCCUUGAAAUAUCUGUGGAUGAGGAGGUGUUCACUAUGUUUGAACAAGCUGUCAUAGAUCAGGCUACACAGUCGAUCAAGCAAAUUCGCUAUCUGGAGAACACGAAUUUACACUUGGAGCAAAUUCAUAUUUUUGGAAGCAGCUCUUUUGAGCAGUCCGACUUUCCGUCUUGGCAGUCGAUUCUACCCAAAAUUGAUUGGUCUCAGCCGGCAUCCGAUUUUCCUCCACCUCCUUUCGAAGAGUUUUUGCUUGAUGUUCCUGUAAACAGGAGAAAAGAUCUACGAUCUGUUUACAAUCCUAUUGUCUCUGCUGGUGAAUAUGGUGCCACGCUUUCCGAUAUACAGGUUACGUCCGUUGGUGUAGAUGUUCAACGCUGGGUGUCGGCGGAUUCUGCUCUAGCUUGGUGCGUUAAAGUAGGAGGUCGAAUGGUUUCUCCGCGUCCAUGGACAAUGCCAUCAGGAGAAAUUUGCCCAGCAACUGUGCGCUGGAUGGCGGAAAGUAUAUUAAUGAUGAUCGUAUCUUCUCCAGGCAUUACACUGAAAGAAGUGUGCUUCCGAUUCGAAUUUGUUUUGCAACCCAUAGCGGUUCAAGACUUGGUUAGUACUGAGCCGAAAAGCUAA